AUGGCCUAUGUUAAUCGGAUGGGUAGUAUUCAACAUCCUAACCUUAAUGCUCUUGCCAGAGAAAUUUGGCAGUGGUGCGAGCAGAAAAACAUUUAUAUUCGUGCUACGUACAUUCCAUCAGUGGAUAAUGUGGAAGCGGAUGUAGCCUCUCGACAACUUAAAAUAGAAACGGAGUGGAGCUUGUCUAAUUAUGCUUUUCAUAAAAUUGUAGAAACUUUUGGUGUUCCAACCAUUGACCUUUUUGCUAGUCGAUUGAAUAAAAAAUGCAAAAGAUUUGUAUCUUGGUUGAGGGAUCCAGAGGCAUGCUCCGUUGAUGCCUUCACCAUAUGUUGGCAAGGACUGGAAUUUUAUGCUUUUCCGCCUUUUUCUUUAGUACUUAAAGUUUUGCAAAAAAUUGUUUGUGAUCAAGCGGAGGGUAUUGUUGUGGCACCCUUCUGGCCCUCUCAGCCAUGGUAUCCCCUGUUUUUAUCUCUACUGAACUCCUCACCCGCUAUCCAAAGACCUUUCCCUUUGGGUCGGGAGGUUGUCCUGGAAGCGCUCAGGUUGAAAAAAGUACCAGCCCAGUCUUUGGAUAUAUGUGUCGCCUCCGUUACAACUGCAACCAUUAAUCAGUAUGCGUCUGGUUUAAAGGCUUGGUGGGAGUUCUGUCAGGCAAAGAAACUGGAUCCUUGUACUGUGGAGGUCGCGAACGUCUUAAUAUUUUUAGCCGAGCUUUUUAAUAACGGGGCCUCUUAUAGCCUUUUAAACACCUAUAGAUCGGCUAUCGCACAAAUUUCUGGCCCAGAAUUGGCCCAGGAUUUUCGCUUAAAACGAUUUUGUAAGGGUGUUUUUGGUCUUAGACCUACGCGCCCCAAGUAUGAGUUCUCUUGGGAUCCUGCGCAGGUUUUAGAUUUUGUCCGUAGCUUAGAGACCAGCUCAAUAUCAUUGGAGUUACUUUCGCUAAAGUGUUGCAUAUUAUUGGCUUUAGCUACGGGACAGCGCAUUCAGACUUUACAUAAUAUUGAGAUUCUGAAUAUUCAGGUUUUGGACAAACAAAUUUGUAUUAAGGUCCCUAGUCGCUUAAAGACUUCCGGUUAUAAUAAGUCCCAGCCUUUGUUAAUUAUUCCAUUUUUUGACAAUGAUAUAAAUAUUUGUGUAGCUAGGACGCUAGUUGCUUACUUGGAAAGAACCCGAGAAUUAAGAGGUUCUUGCCAGUACUUAUUCAUAACUUUUAAGAAACCUUAUCAUAGGGCCACAAGACAGACCAUAGGGCGUUGGUUAAAAAAUAUCUUAAGAUCUAGUGGGAUAGAUACUAACACCUUUUCUGCUCAUAGUACCCGGCAUGCGGCUACUUCGGCAGCGGCUAGAAAGGGAAUUAGUUUCGAUACCAUAAGACUAGCUGCUGGUUGGUCGGAACGCUCAAGAACGUUCGCUACGUUUUAUAAUACACCGUUAGCGCCUGAGAGCUCAUUUGCUAGAGCUGUCUUUUCAUCGGAUUAA